UAGUUUUUCAGGUUGGGGAUGUUUGGAAAGGAAGGUGUCAGGAGACAAGUGUAAGGAUUGUGAGGCGAGAGAAUCAGUCCAACGAGAUCUAUUCGUGGUUAUGGAUCCCCUCAGCUUUCACGAGUUUGGAAAAAAACUAUAUAAGUGAAGCUGGCCGCACUUCGUCGUCUGUAUUUCUAGUCUAGACAACCAGCAUCAAGUAGAUAGCACAUUCAUUCCUUACAGACAUUCCUUUCUUCAAAUUCCACUUCCGACUUUCCAGUCACGCUUGCAGCGUUAUAUUCUAUUCAUUCUCUUCAAAUAAGAACUUACACAACCUUUCAAAAUGGUCAAGAACAUCAUUCUUUCUAUUGCUGCCUUCGCCGGCCUGGUCGCCGCAGCACCCACCCGCCUUCAGCAGCGUACCGCCGAUGUCUACAACAACUACCGAGGAGACGGUACCACCAAUGCUGGCUGGCCCGAUAGCUCGGCUUGGGGCUCUUUCGACGAGCUCUGGAACGCCAACCUGCCUUUGAUGCGCCAGUCUUGUGGCUGGAACGGCUGGGGAGCUGACAACUCCGACCAAGAGCUCAACGACAUCCAGUCGGCCAUCAAUCAGGUGUCCGCAAACACAGGCGUUGACAACCGCUUUAUUCUCGCUAUUGUGAUGCAGGAGAGCAAGGGUUGUGUGCGUGUGCCAACCACCAACAACGGAGUCGUCAACCCCGGCCUUAUGCAAUCGCACAACGGCUCCGGCUCUUGCGUGGGCGUCAGCCCCUGCCCCGCGGACCAGAUCUACCAAAUGAUCCAAGAUGGCACCGCUGGUACUCCCGCUGGCGACGGUCUUCAGCAGACUUUGGCCCAAACCUCUGGUAACUACGGCGGCGCCAACUCUGCCGCCUACUAUGCUGCUGCCCGUCUCUACAACAGCGGCUCUGUCGACUACUCCAACUUGGGCAACGGUUUCACUAGCGUUGCCUGCUACGCUGAUGAUGUUGCCAACCGCCUGACUGGCUGGACCCUUGCCGCCUCCCAGUGCAGCCCUUAAAUAAUCAGUCCUG